AUGGAGCGGAAGGUGGCCAGGGAAUUCAGGCACAAGGUUGACCUUUUAAUUGAUAAUGAAGCAGAGAAAGAUUAUCUGUAUGAUGUACUGCGCAUGUACCACCAAUCCAUGAAUCUUCCAGUGUUGGUGGGAGAUCUGAAGUAUGUAAUCAAUGAGCCAAGUCGACUGCCAUUGUUUGAGGCCAUCCGUCCUCUUAUACCGUUAAAGCAUCAAGUGGAGUACGAUCAAUUGACCCCUAAGCGAUCUAGAAAGUUGAAAGAGGUGAGAUUGGACCGUCUGCAUCCUGAAGGCCUUGGGAUCAGUGUUCGAGGAGGUGCUGAAUUUUCUUGUGGCCUUUUUAUUUCACAGUUAAUGAAAGGUGGACAAGCAGACAAUGUUGGACUUCAGGUUGGAGAUGAGAUUGUUCGAAUAAAUGGAUACUCCAUUUCUUCAUGUACUCAUGAAGAAAUAAUUAAUCUUAUUCGCACAAAGAAAACUGUAUCGAUAAAAGUGAGACAUGUUGGCAUGAUACCUGUCAAAAGCUCUCCUGAUGAGUCUCUCAAGUGGCAGUUUGUAGACCAGUUUGUAUCAGAUCCUGGGAGCAGUGUUGCAGGACUUGCAUCAUCUGGAGGAAAAAACCAUAAAGAAAAGAAAGUUUUCAUUAGCUUGAUUGGUACAAAGGGCAUGGGAUGCAGUAUUUCUAGUGGUCCCACACAAAAGCCAGGCAUUUUCAUAAGCAAUGUAAAACCACAUUCUCUAUCUGCAGAAGUGGGGUUAGAGGUUGGUGAUCAGAUUGUUGAAGUGAAUGGAAUGGAUUUUUCGAAUAUGGAUCACAAAGAGGCUGUGAAAGUGCUGAAAAGCAGUCAAACUCUGACUAUCACUGUUGUAACAGGAGCUGGAAGGGAGCUGUUUAUGACUGAAGAAGAAAGGCAGAGGGAAGAGUAUAAUCGUGAAAUGGAGCGCCAAGAGUUAAUGCGUCAGAAGCGGCUUGCACUGGAGACAAAUAAAAUCCUGAAAGAACAGCAAGAAAAAGAGAAACUGCGAAAAAUGGAGAUUGCACAGAAGGCUGCUGAGGAAGAAGAAAGAUACCGUAAAGAAAUUGAACAGAUAAAGGCAGAGGAAGAGAAAUUUAAAAAGCAAUGGGAAGAAGACUGGGGCCAUAAAGAGCCACCAAAACCAUCUCAGACUGUUGUUGCAGAAGUGCAUCCCCCUCCUCCUCCUAAACAUCGAAUAGAUUUAGAUGAAACUGCACUUGACCAGCCUGCAGCAGAUGAUGUGAUUGGAAUGAAGCUGAAAGAGAGUCAACAGGGCUUCCAGAAAUAUGUGGAAGAUUUUGAUCCCUACACAAUGUUUUCACCGGAUCAGAUUAUGGGAAAAGAUGUACGACUGCUACGUAUUAAGAAGGAAGGAUCAUUAGAUCUUGCAGUAGAAGGAGGUAUCGAUUCCCCAGUUGGAAAAAUAGUGGUGUCAGCCAUUUAUGAGGGGGGUGCUGCAGACAAGCAUGGAGGCAUUGUGAAAGGGGAUGAAAUAAUGGCUGUGAAUGGCAAGAUAUUAUUGGAUGUUAAACUGGAUGAAGCUCAAGCAACUCUUUCAAAAGCUUGGAACAUGGGUGGGGAUUGGAUUGACUUGGUCAUUGCAGUGUCCCCUCCCAAGGAAUAUGACGAUGAAUUGACAUUUUUUUAAUAGCAGGGGGAAAACCAAACAUACUUAUUUUGAAGAAACCAGCAUUCAUGUAUCAAG